GCCCUGGGCUCCCGGCACCAAAUGGGAGGCUACACCAGACCGAUGGCGGCGGCGGCGGCCCUGUCGGGCCCGGGGGUGCGGCUGUCGCCCUCGGCGGCGGCCCGCGGCUCGUACGGCGCCUUCUGCAAGGGGCUCACGCGCACCCUCAUCACCUUCUUCGACCUGGCCUGGCGGCUGCGUACGAACUUCCCCUACUUCUACGUGGUGGCCUCGGUGAUUCUCAACGUCCGCCUGCAGGUACAUAUUUAG